UCGGCCCCGCGCCUCCGGGGAGCAGCCGGGGCUCGCCGCGCCUGACGCGUCCCGAGUUACACAGUUUUAAUAGAAUAACAUUUCGAAAUUGCACAACUGAAGUUGGAUAAAGUCGCAAGUUUAAUGCUGGCUGUCCUGUUGACUAGGAAAUAGGAAGACCAGCAGAGUUUUGUUGUUUUCUUAAAUAAUGUUGAUAUUUGGAACCCAUGUCGAACUUCUAUGAAGAAAGGGCAACGAUGAUUGCAGCCGGGGAUUUGCAGGAAUUUGUUCCUUUCGGUCGAGACCACUGCAAGCACCACCCUAAUGCUUUGAACCUUCAGCUUCGCCAGCUACAGCCAGCAUCUGAGUUAUGGUCUUCUGAUGGUGCUGCUGGCUUGGUGGGAUCCCUUCAGGAGGUUACAAUACACGAGAAACAGAAGGAAAGCUGGCAGUUAAGGAAAGGCGUCAGUGAAAUUGGAGAAGAAGUGGAUUAUGACGAGGAACUCUAUGUGGCUGGAAAUAUGGUGAUCUGGAGCAAAGGAAGUAAAAGCCAGGCAUUGGCUGUUUAUAAAGCGUUUACAGUUGACAGCCCUGUUCAGCAGGCAUUGUGGUGUGACUUCAUCAUAUCACAGGAUAAGUCUGAGAAGGCCUACAGUAGUGAUGAAGUAGAAAAAUGCAUAUGUAUAUUGCAAAGCUCGUGUAUCAACAUGCAUAGCAUAGAAGGAAAGGAUUACAUAGCUUCUUUACCUUUUCAGGUUGCAAAUGUUUGGCCCACAAAGUAUGGAUUGUUGUUUGAACGAAGCAGUUCUACACAUGAGGUACCUCCAGGUCCACCCAGAGAACCUUUACCCACUAUGUUCAGCAUGCUGCAUCCGCUGGAUGAAAUAACCCCACUUGUUUGUAAAUCUGGAAGUCUUUUUGGUUCAUCAAGAGUGCAGUAUGUUGUAGAUCAUGCAAUGAAAAUUGUUUUUCUCAACACUGACCCCUCCAUUAUAAUGACCUAUGACACCGUUCAAAGUUUGCAUUCUGUGUGGGCUCUUCGGAGAGUCAAAACAGAGGAAGAGAAUGUUGUCUUAAAGUUCUCUGAACAGGGGGGAACCCCACAGAAUGUGGCCAGUAGUAGCUCCCUCACAGCACACCUCAGAAGCCUCUCCAAAGGAGAUUCCCCCGUGGCUUCACCUUUCCAGAAUUACUCCUCCAUUCACAGUCAGAGUCGCUCGACCUCCUCACCCAGUCUACACUCUCGUUCACCUUCUAUUUCCAACAUGGCAGCUCUAAGUCGUGCUCAUUCUCCUGCCUUAGGAGUGCACUCUUUUUCAGGGGUGCAGAGGUUCAACCUUUCAAGCCAUAAUCAGUCUCCAAAGAGACAUAGUAUUUCUCAUUCUCCAAAUAGUAAUUCUAAUGGCUCCUUCUUUGCACCAGAAACAGAGCCAAUUGUUCCUGAACUUUGUAUUGACCAUUUAUGGACAGAAACGAUUACUAACAUAAGAGAGAAAAAUUCACAGGCCUCAAAAGUGUUUAUUACAUCUGACCUAUGUGGGCAGAAGUUCUUGUGCUUUUUAGUGGAGUCUGAGCUUCAAUUACGCUGUGUAAAGUUUCAGGAGAGUAAUGAUAAAACUCAGCUCAUCUUUGGGUCCAUCACCAACAUACAUGCAAAGGAUGCAGCACCAGUGGAGAAGAUCGAUACCAUGCUGGUCCUUGAAGGCAGUGGAAACCUGGUGCUGUACACAGGAGUGGUUCGGGUGGGAAAGGUUUUUAUUCCUGGACUGCCAGCUCCUUCCCUGACAAUGUCUAACACGAUGCCUCGGCCCAGCACUCCACUUGACAGUGUCAGUACUCCUAAGCCUCUUAGUAAACUGCUUGGAUCCUUGGAUGAGGUGGCUCUGUUCUCCCCAGUUCCGGAACUGAGGGAUUCUUCAAAACUUCAUGAUUCUCUCUAUAAUGAGGACUGUACUUUCCAACAGCUUGGAACUUACAUUCAUUCCAUAAGAGACCCUGUCUGUAACAGGGUAACUCUGGAAUUGAGUAAUGGCUCCAUGGUUAGGAUCACUAUUCCUGAAAUUGCCACUUCUGAAUUAGUGCAAACAUGUUUGCAAGCAAUUAAGUUUAUCCUGCCAAAGGAAAUAGCUGUUCAAAUGCUUGUCAAGUGGUACAGUGUCCACAGCGCUCCAGGAGGACCCAGUUACCACUCCGAGUGGAAUUUAUUUGUGACUUGUCUCAUGAACAUGAUGGGUUAUAACACAGAUCGCUUAGCAUGGACCCGAAAUUUUGACUUUGAAGGAUCACUUUCGCCCGUCAUUGCACCCAAAAAAGCAAGGCCUUCUGAGACAGGAUCUGAUGAUGACUGGGAGUAUUUACUAAAUUCAGACUACCACCAGAAUGUUGAGUCUCAUCUUUUGAAUAGAUCUUUAUGUUUAAGUCCUUUGGAAGUUUCACAGAUGAAGGAUGAAGAUUUUUCACAGAAUCUCAUUCUGGAUUCUUCUACACUUCUGUUUACUCAUAUACCUGCAAUUUUUUUUGUUCUUCAUCUUGUCUAUGAGGAGCUUAAGUUGAAUACUCUAAUGGGAGAAGGAAUUCGUUCACUUGUUGGCCUUCUUGUUCAGUUGGCAAGGGAUUUAAAAUUGGAGCCUUAUGUAGAUCAUUACUAUAGAGAUUACCCAACACUUGUCAGAACUACUGGACAAGUGUGCACAAUUGAUCAAGGUCAAACAGGAUUUAUGCAUCAUCCAUCGUUUUUUACUUCUGAGCCACCAAGUAUUUAUCAGUGGGUGAGUUCUUGUCUGAAGGGUGAAGGAAUGCCUCCCUAUCCUUACCUUCCUGGAAUCUGUGAAAGAAGCAGACUUGUAGUCUUGAGUAUUGCACUCUACAUACUUGGUAAUGAGAACUCUGUUUCUGAGGAUUCCUCACAGUAUUUAUCCAGAAUAACUAUAGCCCCUCAAAAGUCACAAGCAGAACAAGAAGAAAACAGGUUUAAUUUCAAGCAUUCUACAUCAGUUUCUAGUCUAGCUGAACAAUUAGUUGUCUGGAUGACUAAUGUAGGUUUCACAUUAAGAGACUUGGAAACUCUUCCCUUUGGAAUUGCUCUUCCCAUCAGAGAUGCAAUUUACCACUGUCGUGAGCAGCCUGCUUCAGACUGGCCAGAAGCUGUCUGUCUCCUGAUCGGGCGUCAGGAUCUUUCCAAACAGGCCUGUGAAGGAAACUUACCCAAAGGGAAAUCUUCUGUUACUCAGGUGCUCUCAUCAGAUGUUCCUUCAGGAACAGAAACUGAGGAGGAAGAUGAUGGCAUGAAUGACAUGAAUCAGGAGGUCAUGUCGUUAAUAUGGAGUGAAGAUUUAAGAGUGCAGGACGUGCGAAGGCUUCUUCAAAGUGCGCAUCCCGUCCGUGUCAAUGUAGUACAGUACCCAGAACUCAGUGACCACGAGUUCAUUGAGGAAAAAGAAAACAGAUUGCUCCAGUUGUGUCAGCGAACUAUGGCCCUUCCAGUAGGACGAGGAAUGUUUACCUUAUUUUCAUACCAUCCUGUUCCAACGGAACCACUGCCUAUACCCAAAUUGAAUUUGACUGGACGGGCCCCUCCUCGGAACACAACAGUAGACCUUAACAGUGGAAACAUCGAUGUGCCUCCCAACAUGACAAGCUGGGCCAGCUUCCAUAAUGGUGUGGCUGCUGGCCUGAAGAUAGCUCCCGCCUCCCAGAUCGACUCAGCUUGGAUUGUUUACAAUAAGCCCAAACACGCGGAGUUAGCCAAUGAAUAUGCCGGCUUUCUCAUGGCCCUGGGUCUGAAUGGGCACCUUACCAAGCUGGCUACUCUCAAUAUCCAUGACUACUUAACCAAGGGUCAUGAAAUGACAAGCAUUGGACUGCUCCUUGGUGUUUCUGCUGCUAAACUAGGCACCAUGGAUAUGUCAAUUACUCGGCUUCUUAGCAUUCACAUUCCUGCCCUCUUACCCCCAACGUCUACAGAGCUUGAUGUUCCUCACAAUGUCCAAGUGGCUGCAGUGGUUGGCAUUGGCCUCGUAUAUCAAGGGACAGCUCACAGGCAUACUGCGGAAGUCCUGUUGGCUGAAAUAGGACGGCCCCCUGGUCCUGAAAUGGAAUACUGCACUGACAGGGAGUCUUACUCUUUAGCUGCUGGCCUGGCCUUGGGCAUGGUUUGCUUGGGGCAUGGCAGUAAUUUGAUAGGUAUGUCUGAUCUCAAUGUGCCUGAGCAGCUUUAUCAGUACAUGGUUGGAGGUCAUAGGCGCUUUCAAGCAGGAAUGCACAGGGAGAAGCAUAAAUCUCCAAGUUAUCAAAUCAAAGAAGGAGAUACCAUAAAUGUGGAUGUAACUUGUCCAGGUGCCACUCUUGCUUUGGCCAUGAUCUACUUAAAAACCAAUAACAGAUCGAUUGCAGAUUGGCUUCGCGCUCCUGACACCAUGUAUCUGCUGGACUUCGUGAAGCCAGAAUUCCUCUUGCUUCGGACACUUGCUCGAUGCCUGAUUCUGUGGGAUGAUAUUUUACCAAAUUCCAAGUGGGUUGAUAGCAAUGUUCCUCAGAUUAUAAGAGAAAAUAGUAUCUCUCUCAGUGAAAUUGAACUUCCUUGCUCAGAGGAUUUGAAUUUGGAAACUUUAUCGCAAGCACAUGUCUACAUCAUUGCAGGAGCCUGUUUGUCUCUGGGUUUUCGAUUUGCUGGCUCAGAAAACUUAUCUGCGUUUAACUGUUUGCAUAAAUUUGCAAAAGAUUUUAUGACUUAUUUGUCUGCACCUAAUGCUUCUGUAACAGGUCCUUACAACCUAGAAACCUGCCUGAGUGUGGUGCUUCUGUCUCUUGCCAUGGUAAUGGCUGGCUCGGGGAACCUAAAGGUUUUGCAGCUUUGUCGCUUCUUACACAUGAAAACAGGUGGUGAAAUGAACUAUGGUUUCCACUUAGCCCAUCACAUGGCCCUUGGACUUCUCUUUCUGGGAGGAGGAAGGUACUCUUUGAGUACGUCAAACUCUUCCAUUGCUGCUCUCCUCUGUGCCCUUUACCCGCAUUUCCCAGCUCACAGCACUGACAAUCGGUAUCAUCUGCAGGCUCUGCGGCACCUGUACGUGCUGGCUGCGGAACCAAGGCUCCUGGUGCCCGUGGAUGUGGACACAAACAUGCCCUGCUAUGCCCUUUUAGAAGUUACCUAUAAGGGUACUCAGUGGUAUGAACAAACCAAAGAAGAAUUGAUGGCUCCUACCCUUCUUCCAGAACUCCACCUGUUAAAGCAGAUUAAAGUAAAAGGCCCGCGAUACUGGGAGCUGCUCAUAGAUUUAAGCAAGGGAACACAACACUUGAAAUCAAUCCUUUCUAAGGAUGGAGUUCUGUAUGUUAAGCUCAGAGCAGGUCAGCUCUCCUACAAGGAAGAUCCAAUGGGGUGGCAAAGUUUGUUGGCCCAGACAGUGGCCAACAGGAACUCUGAGGCUCGGGCUUUCAAGCCAGAAACAAUUUCAGCAUUUACUUCUGAUCCAGCACUUCUGUCAUUUGCCGAAUAUUUCUGCAAACCAACUGUGAACAUGGGUCAGAAACAGGAAAUUCUGGAUCUGUUUUCUUCAGUACUGUAUGAAUGUGUUACUCAGGAGACCCCAGAGAUGCUGCCUGCAUACAUAGCAAUGGAUCAGGCUAUGAGAAGACUAGGAAGAAGAGAAAUGUGUGAAACAUCUGAACUUUGGCAGAUAAAGCUGGUGUUAGAGUUUUUCAGCUCCAGGAGCCAUCAGGAGCGGCUUCAGAAUCACCCUAAGAGGGGGCUCUUUAUGAACUCUGAGUUCCUCCCUGUUGUAAAAUGCACUAUUGAUAAUACUCUGGACCAGUGGCUACAAGCUGGGGGUGAUGUGUGUGUGCACGCCUACCUCAGUGGGCAGCCCUUUGAGGAAUCUCAGCUGAGCAUGCUGGCGUGUUUCCUCGUCUACCACUCAGUACCAGCUCCAUGGCACCUGCCGUCUAUAGGACUAGAAGGGAGCACAAGCUUUGCUGAACUCCUCUUCAAAUUUAAACAGCUGAAAAUGCCAGUGCGAGCUUUGCUAAGAUUGGCUCCUUUGCUUCUUGGAAAUCCACAGCCAAUGGUUAUGUGAUCAUGUCUGGUGGCAAACCUACCCUGAAGCGUGACUUCUGCACAAAAACAUGACCAAACAACAAAGCUAAAGAAACAUUUAUAAGUUUUAUAAUAUAACUAGUGGGGAAUGAGCUGCACAAACCUCAAUGUAUUUUAAAAUCCAAGUGUUUUAAAUAUUCCAGAGGCUCUGUUGCUGUCAGCAUUAACAUUAUAUGAUAUAUAAAAGUGAGUUAAAAUUUACUUUUGUAAAUAAAGUUUUUUGGUUUGUUUUCAAAA